AUGGCCUUUGGGAACCACAGCACCAUCACUGAGUUCUUCCUCCUUGGGCUGUCUGCUGACCCCAAGAUCCAGGCUCUGCUCUUUGUGUUGUUCCUGAUGAUUUAUCUCCUGACCCUGAUGGGAAAUCUGAUGAUGAUAUUUGUGAUCCAUACAGACUCUAAACUCCACACACCCAUGUACUUCUUCUUGAGUCAUCUCUCCUUCCAAGACCUCUUCUAUUCUUCAGUCACAGUACCCAAGAUGCUGGAGAAUCUCCUGUCUCAGAAGAAAGCGAUCUCAGUAGAAGGCUGUCUGGCUCAGGUCUUUUUCGUGUUUGCCACUACAGGGAUUGAGGCCUGUUUGCUAUCAGUGAUGGCUUAUGACCGCUAUGCUGCCAUCUGCCACCCACUUCUCUAUGGACAGAUGAUGAGUAAACAGCUGUGUGUGAAUUUGGUGUGGGGCUCUUGGGUCGUGGCCUUUCUGGAUGCACUCAUCAACAUCCUCCUGGCUUUGAAUAUGGACUUCUGUGAGCUCCAAACCAUCCACCACUACUCCUGUGAGCUUCCCUCCCUAUUCCCUCUCUCCUGCUCUGAUACAUCCACCAAUGCUGCAAUGCUGCUCUGCUCUGCCCUCUUGCAUGCCAUUGGAACCUGCCUCCUGAUCUUCUUCUCCUAUGCUCGUAUUGUCUCCACAAUUCUGAGCAUUAGCUCCACCUCUGGCAGAAGCAAGGCCUUCUCCACCUGCUCCUCCCACCUCACUGCAGUGAGCUUAUUCUAUGGCUCAUCUAUUCUCCGCUAUCUUAUGCCAACCUCAGGCUCCUCACUGGAGUUGAUCCUUUCCAUACAGUACAGUGUAAUCACUCCCCUAGUGAAUCCUCUUAUCUACAGCCUAAAGAACAAGGAAGUGAAAGCAGCUCUAAGAAGAACGAUGCUAAGAUACUUACAAUGUCUCAGCACAGAAGACAUAGAGUAUAAAGGGGAAGUAGGAUAG